CUGUUUAAAAAUUGCUUUAAUAAGUUACACUUGCUAUUUGAAACUGAAAUCUUUGACAGCCCUUUACCUGUGUAUAAUACUAUACAAAGUAGUUAUUGUGGGUUGCUUAAGGAUGUUCCCUUUAGGUACAGAGUGCUGUUAGGAUUAUUUUCUUUUGAGAGUCUUACAUUGGUGAAUGGGGUGUGUCGAGUGCAGAUUUUUGAAAAUUAUAUGUGAUGUCCGUAAACAGUAAUAGUUGAUAGACUUUGGGAGCUUUAAACUUUGUGAUAAUCCCUGUAAUAUUAAUACAAGUAAGAUAUAGAAUACUUGAUGUUUUAGAAGGGGAGAUAUUGUGCGGUAAAAAUUUUAGACUUUUUGUGUCUCCUUCCCUCCCCUCAUCUGUGGUCCUAAUAAUUCUAAUAGUUGCAUUCUAAGGAGCUCAGUUUUGUGAAUUUAUAUGGUUGAUGUAUUUAAGUUGACCUCUAAAGACUGAAAUUAUUGAUUUUUUAAGUAAAAUUACAUUGGUGGGUAUGGGUCGUUGUUGAUACACCUAUUAGCAAACAACAACUGCGUAAAGAUGAAAGUAGCUACUUUAACAGUUCUGUAGUAUUUACAGCACAUGGUUCUUUGAAACUGUUAGUAUUAGGUGAGUUGAUUAUCACUGGAAAUACCAUGCUACUGUGGUUGCUUGUAAAGUUUAAUAUCAAAGUUUUAAAAACUUAGGAAUGUGUAGAAAAUUUGAUGAACGUGCUUUUUGUCUAUUUUCUAGACUUAUUAUCGUAUUUUUUUCUCAGUAGGAUCAAAUGAGAUAAUACACAUGAAGGUUCUUAGUAUAGAAUGCCAUGUAGAUGUUAAGUUGUUGAGAUAGGUAACUAAUUAAUACAUGAGCAGAAUAUUCUGUCCUUAAAAUCUUUCUCCAUGUCAGUUGGGAAAUGAAGGCAAUAAAAGUGUUCCCUGAACAUUUUAUGAAAUUUUUUUUUUUUUUUUAAAUACUGCUGUGGUUACCAAAAAGCUCUUUGUUAGAGUUUUGAACCUUUGUUUAAAAAAUGCUGCCUAGGCAGUUUUUCAUAAUUCAGAAAAAGAUCAUUUUUCCUUUUGAAGAUCUUGUGAAAUGCACAUACUCUGUUAAAGUUUUUCUUCAUUUCUCCAUUGAUGUGAUAGCUUUAGUAGUUGAUUUUAGUAGAUAUUUAAGUUUCCCGACUCUUCUAUAGACUUUUAUUAACACAGUAACAGAUGUCAUGGUUAAGGUUUUUAUUGUUUUGAUUAACUCUGUAACUCUGAGAAAUUCUCAUUAAAAUUUGCAAACUUAUUUCAAAGUGAAAAAGAUAUAUAUCUAUAUAUAUGCAUUGGUAUUAGGAACAUAUGUGUAUCAUUUUUGUUUUUCUAUUUUAGAAGAAUGCAUGAGGAAAUGACUACUCAAAUCUAGAGGAGUGCACUUAGAUAUUUUUGUGCAAAAAUAACCCAAAAGUUUAAAACUCAAAGCUGUGGCUUUCUUAAUAUAUUCUCACAAAUUUGCAAUAAAAAAUGAAAUGAAAAUAUGGAUAAUUGGGAGUCCCUAUGUUUAUGAAUAUAUCAAAAGGAGUAGUAUCUUAAAUUUUUGAAGUGACUGUUCUUUAUGAAGCAGUUCAAUUAGCAAGUCAGUAUAGAAACUUGCCUCUGUGGAGGGUGAGAAAAACAUUUACCUCUAUAGAUAAAAAUGAAACCUCCUAGGGUAGUAUUAAGUGUUUCACCCACAGUGUAUACUAAAGCUCCUCGUCAGGAAAUACCAAAGCUAAGCUUAUAUUAAUGUGCUCUCAGUUUUGUAGCCUUAGUAUUUUAUUGCUGAAGGUUUUUGUGUUUAAUUACUAUUCAAAGGGAGUAAAGUUUUACGUCUCCAGCCUUUGACAAAAUUCCAUUAUAUCUAUAUUCAUAGAUGAUUUCUUGAAGAAUGUUUGACUUCAUAUUAAUUUGCGCUGGGAAAUAUUAAUGAUUUAUGCUGACUUCUCAGGAACUUUGAUACAUGGAAUUUUUUGUGGGAUUAAAAUAUUUUUUGGGAGCAGGGCAGUGUAUUUCGAUCAUGUAUUUUACCAGGUGUGUUUUUGCUGCUUUGACUUUUUUUUUUUUUUAAGGUAAUAUGUUAACAGUGCAUUAAAUUUAUUGUAGGUAAUUAUUAAAUAGUAUAUGCUUUCUCCUUUGUAUGUUUGUGUGGCCAUACUAUUUUAUAGGUUUUCAUGUAAUUCUUAUUUGUGUAUUAAAUUUUUGAAGAGUUACCUUUUGUGAGAAUGUUGAAAUAGACUUUUAAGAGUAACUUUUAUAUUAUCCAUCAGUCCAGUCUUAAAUGGGGGUGGGUGGUGACCUCUACCUUUCUGGAGGUGAUAUAUGCAAGUCUGUCAUCCUUUGGGUUUUCCUAAAGCAACUUUUUUACACCAGACUGUUGUCUGGUAGUUUGAAUACCCCUUGACUUUUCUCUCUCCAGUACUUUUAAAGGCCUCCCCACCUUUUUUAAAAUAAAAAAUGGUUAGUGAGCAGGUAUUGGCAGAAGGACACCCCUCCCUUUUUCCUGUAUUUCAGAAUCAGCUAGGGAAAUGUUUUCUGCUUACAGUUUUUGAAGUAGAAAAGACAGUGAAAGGGUAAUGUGGAGAUAGGAAGGGCAUGGGGCCUAACAGGUUGAUGAUCUAGGCUUUAUUUUGCCUCUGUUUGUGGGCCUAGGGGAAAAAAUAACUUAAACACGGAAGCCAAAAAGAUGGGUUUUGUUUUAUUGUUUUGGCUGCAUUGAGAAUACAAACUGUCAGUACUUGAGGAGAAGGAGCAGCAGAAAGGAAUCGAUUUUUUUUCUGCUGCAGACCCAAGUAUUGUUAACCAUGUGCCUGUCUGAAGCAGCACACUUGCAAAUCAAACAGUAGUUGAUUCUUCCAACUCCAUUAGUAGUCAGAAACCUAAACUGUUUUUUUCUUUUUAAAGAAGUACCCAAAACUUCAGGAUAAUGACAAUCAUUUCCUGAUAAAAGUGGGUGAUAGUAACCAUGGCAACUGCUAUCUCUGGCCUUAUGGACAGUACGUUGUAUCGAUGAAGCUUCAGAUCCUUUAGUAGCCUACCACUUUUAUGGUGUGAUGUAGUAGCAUGUGUUGCAGGUGAUUUUUAGCUGGAUUGUGUUAAAUUUGUGUGCCAGCAUAUCUUUCCUUGUUAGGAAUUUCUUGGACUGUGUUCCACAGCAUGUUUGUGAAGGUGCUGUUGCCUGAAAAUAACCCACCACCUGUGUUAGGCCUCCUGAUGCAGAUUGCACUUAGUUCUUUCCCAGCCUCCUUCCUCAGUCUUGCAGAAAAUAGGGGUGUGUGUAGAAACUGUGGGUACAUAAAUUAGAGCUCAAAUUUACCAGCUUGGAUUUGGACAUGUUAUUGAUAGCUUUAAAAAAAAACCAAAAACUUCUGUGCUUUCACAGGAGGUUAAUGGAUGAUGGGAAUGUGCCCGUCUUUGGAAUUUUUUCCUUUAAGUGUUCUGUCCAGAAACGUAUGUGUAUAUGUGUUUGUGUGUAGGGAAUAAGGGGUGAGGAGUGGAGCUGUAAAAAUUGAGUAAGGAUAUGGCAAAAGAUGAAUUUAAGUAUUUUUUUGUGUUUGUGAUGCUAUUGUGUGUAUGUAUGACUAAAGGAAUAAGAAUAUAUUUCCAGUGGUUAGUGGUAGAGUAAUGGAAAAUGUUUUAUGAGAAUUUCCUCUAAGAAAAAUUAUUUACGAAGUAUAACUUGAGAAUGAUCUUUCAGGGAAAACCUGGUAGAAGGGUUUUUUGGAUAGAGAGCUUUGAGACAGGGCCAGCCAAACGUGAAAAAAUUGCUUUAAAAACUGUAUUUCCAUCAUAGCAAAUCUUUUUGCUUUAAUCUUUUAUUAUGCUUAUUAUACAUAAGGAUUUUCCUGUGUGAAAAUGUUGAUCUGAAUAUUAACUGGUACUUUUCCCAGUGUGUGCUAAAUUGUGUGCUGGAGCAGAGACCAAAUUAGGUCUGAAUUUGCAUAGACCCUGAUAAUCAGAUCUAGUCAAAUUGUGCAAGAUAGUUCAGACUUUCUUGAAACUUAACUGUGAUAGGGCAAAGUGGCUUGCUUACUACGAGUACCAGGAUGCAUUGCAGCUUUUGCUUAACUUCAGAUUAGAGCAUUGCAUGCUGGGACCUGUAGUUGCUUUAAACAGCACAAGUAACUCUUCCCUCUUGUCUACUCCAUUUUAUACACAGCUUCCCAAGCCACCAAGAACUUUCUGCUGAGUAAAGUUUGAUUGCUAGUAUCAUGCUUAUUAAGCUGCUGAAAUUCUAGUGAGUCUGCAGAAACAACCUAAUGCUUUAAUUUACCUUAGAUUAGUUUAUUUUUAUAUCAUUCACUAUAUGAUUUACAUGUAAAAUAAUAGCACACUGUGUACAUAUACAUACAUAUAUAUUUUUAUAUGUAUAUACUUAGCACUGGUAAGUUAUUUUUAUGUCUGUGGUGAUGUAGGUUUCUUUAUAAUUAUCACAUUAUGGUUGCUAGAAUGGGCAUUAGAAGCUUAUUACUGUUUAUAUAGUAAUAUCAUUGUCGGGCCUGAUAUAUAUACCAUUGCCUUUUUGGAGGGGGGAGGAUGGGACAGUUCAGUAACUUCAUUUGAAUGGAAGGUUUUUUUUUUUUUUAAACCAGUAUUUGAAUUCAGAGUUCUGUAAUUCUUCUGUAGUAAUUGUUAACAUCUUGAAUAUCAGUACUCUAAUUGGGAACCAGAUUCCUGAAAAUAAGCCUUGUUUUAAUGUAAAUUUAAUACCCAAAGAUGUAGUCUGAAAGGUAGAGGAAGAGGUAAGAUUUCUUUACUAAUUUGUUAAUGUUUUCAUUUGUGUAAAGUUUAAAUUUCUGUUCUUUCGAGGGUUCUAACACUCUUAUUUUUUGCUUUUUAACUAAUAUCUGAGAGUUGAUGCCGGGAUUAAAUGUUAACAUCUGUGAAAGUGCCUAGCACAGUGCCUGGCACAUAAGGGCUCAGUAUAUGUUUGGAAUUAGCAGCAGCUGUGGUAGUAGUGGUUGCUGUUAUUAAAAAAUAGCAUACUUGACAUUUUUUCCUCUCUUUUUACGUUAGAAGUUGUUCAGAAGCCCAGGCUGUUAAUAACAAGAGUUUGAGAUUUUGGGCUUAUGGUAAUGAUGCUGCAAUUCCUUAUAUUUUUUUGCUCUACAUAAAAUGUCUUUGUACCUCAGUUUCUCCCUAAGUGAUAUAUUGCCCCUGGGGUCAGACAGCCAUUCAGGAGCUGAAUUUUCAGUAAGAUCCAGCUCUUUGUCACUGCAUUUGGUUAUCUUCAGAAAGUUCAAAAGAUGAUGAAGAUCUUUUUUGUUCAGAAUGUUUACACUGGCAAAAUUUCCAAACUAGUUGAUUCAUAAAAGUAAGAUGCUGCAAAAAUGUUCCCUGUAACACAGUGUAUGUAACCUUGGAAAAAUCCUUUCGUGUUUAGAAGCAUGUACCAAUCUAUCACUGCAGUUCAUAGUGUUAAAGGGUUGAUGUAUUCGAGGCCUGAGCAGCCCCAGAAAUAAAAUGUAGUUUCAAACCUGUGAGUUGUACUUCACACAUUAGAUUAAAAAAAACUUACAUUUAUUUUCUCUUUUAGGACAUUGUAGCUUUUGAACUUGUUGGAUAUUUUUCUUGCAUGGCUGGUCACCUUUAGCUUUUUGAGAUGGGAAUAGGAUGCCUGGGAUAUUGAAAAAUGUAAACGUAAAUUGUGAUGUUUGUGCCUUAGUUUCGUUGUAUGCAGAAUCAAAGUAUCUUUUUUACCUGCUUGGCUAGUGUCUAUUCCAGCCUUUUCCCUUGUGGGGCGUUCCUGGUAUAUUAUUUAUUGCUGAGGACUAUUGUGUUUACUUAAGAGAACUCUGCCUUUAGUAGUAAUUAUUUAAGUACUUGUUUACACAACAAACCCACUGUAAGAAUAGUAACCCUUUUCCCUCAAAAAUGUGUUUAAAAUAUUUUUAAUGUGUAUGUAUUAGACAUUGAGUAGAUUCUUUAGAAGCGUUGAAAAUGUAUGGAAUCUCAUCCAGUGUUUGUACGUUAUUAAUUAUUUUAUAUCAACUUGGCUUUUCUAGACCUAUACUAAAUGAAAGAAAUUCAACGGUUACCAAGAAGUUAAAUACAAAGGGCUAAUUAUAAGGGGGCAAAUAGGCUUCUGGUAUUAAUUGACCAAUGCAGGAAAUAUCAGGCUUAGAUGAAUUCUCCUCCCCUAUAUUUUAUAGUCACACACACUCUUGUAAUUUCUCAAAUACUGAAUUUGGAAAUAAGGAGAAGAAAUAAAAGAGAAGAAAACUGAGCAGCCAUGUGUAAUUCUGCAUAGGUCCUCCCUCUGACACACGUAAAUUGUUGAGCACAGUUUUCUGUCUUUUUUUAAUGGAGUGUCCCAGGCUGAUGUAAAUGAAACAGUUGUAAUGGUAUCAGAAAACCUGGCUUCAAGUCCAGCCCUGUCACUUAACUGUGCACUUGAGAAAUUCUGCCUUGCUCAGCUUUAGUUUUCCUGGGCAGCAAAAUGGGAUAACAGAAAUGAGCCCGCUUCACAAUGCUGGUACAAGGAUUGGAUAAUACUCAUGAAUGUACUUCAUAGACUGUAAAGUAGUAUAUAUAAAUUAGAUGUUGUUACUAAUAAAUGGCUAGAUUUUAAGGUAUUUGAUUAUGUUAAUAUUUAAAAAUUUUAAGUGUGUAGGAAUCAAAAUCAAAAUUGGUGACCCUCCCCACCAACAGAGAAAUUCUUGACACGUGUUUACAGAUUUGUUCUUGACACAUUUGUGUGUAUAAUACAAAUAUCAUAAAUGUAUUGAAUGUGUUAAGUUGUUACGGGCAUGAAGAGGUGUUUUUUAAAAUUUUAUUUGUUUUGUUAUUGAGAAUAUACACAGCAAAAUAAAUACCAAUUCACCUGUUUCUGCAUGUACCGUUUAGCGACAUUGAUUAUCUUCAAGUUGUACAACCAUUUUCACUCUCCUUUUCUGAAUUGUUCUUCCCCCAUUAACAUACAUUCACUGUCCUCUAAGGUUCCUGUCUAUUGUUUCCAGUUGCUGUUGUCAGUUUGAUCCUGUGUAGGUAGUUCUUAAAAGAGCCUAAGGCUGAAGGCAGACAUUUUUUAACUAGUUAAGUUAAACGGUUGUUUGAUUUUAAGAAGACUUCAGAGGAUAUUUUUGGCUUAAAGUUUAAAGAUUAUCUCAGGGCAGUAGUUUCAGGGGUUCAUCCAACCUUCUUUGCUCCAGGAAGUCUGGAGUUUAUGAGAAUUUUAAAUUCUGUUGUACAUUUCCCCCCUUUUGAUCAGUACUCUUCUAUAGAAUCUUUGAUCAAAACGUUCAAUAAUGAUCACUGGGCACCAUCUAGGUCUUUUGGUCUCAUGAUAAAGGAGGCAGUUGUUAAUGGAGGCAAAUUGCCAUACAUUUCAUAUCCUCCUCCUGUUUCUGGCUCUCCUUAUUGCUGUGUUGCUUCAGGUGAAUAGAGACCAAUUGUGCCUUGAAUGGCUGCUUGCAAGCUUUUAAGGCCCCACGCACUAUGCAAUGAACUAGGAGAUUGGACAGAAGCACUAAACAUGUUAUUAGGCCAGCUAACCGGGAUAUCCCAUGAAAUCAUGACCCUAAACCUCCAAACCAAGAAACCAAAUCCUAUGAGGUUUAUGGUUGUACAUAAGUGGCCUCAGCAGCCAGUCUUUGUUGUUGUUGUAAAUAUAUCUGUCACACAGCUUUUGCCAACUCAACUUUUUACAGGCGUACAACUUAUUGACAACAGUUAAAAUAAUCGGCUGUUUGACCCUACCCUUAAUCAAUGUGAUAUUUCCAUCACCAUUAACCCCCUUCUCCCCCUCUCUCUUACCCCUGGUAACCACCAAUAUACUUUUUUCUCUAUACAUUUUCCUUUCCUUGUCUUUUUGUAUAAGUGAGGUUAAACAAUACUUGUCCUUUUGCGAUUGGCUUAUUUCACUCAGCGUUAAAUCUAAUAGCUCCAUCCAUAUUGUAGCAUGUAUCAAGACUUCAUGUCUCCUUUGACUGAGAGUAUUUCAUUGUGUGUAUGUACCACAUUUUAUUCAUAUGUUGGGGAAUGAAAAGUUUUAAUUAUGAGCUUUUAUGUUUAAAAAUAUUUUUAUGUAUUAAUAUACAGACUUACAGUGAUUACAUAAAUAUAUAUAUUUAUUCUUAGAGAAAUGGUAUAGAUUGAGAUUUUAAAUGUUUGGCAAGUUACAUGAACAGUUUCUGUACCUUAGACCUAUCUGUUGUUAUCAAUAGUAAUAAUAAUACGAGUGUAAUAUUUAUUUGAGUGCUCAUCAUGUUCAUUGCCAAGCCUAUCAUGUUCAUUGCCAAGCCUUUUGACGUACAGGGUCUCACUUUUAUUUUAACCCUCCCAGCAAUAUUAUGAGGAUCCAUUUUCAUCUUACAGAUGAGGAAAUGGAGGCUUCCCUAGGAUCGUGUAGGUAGCAGAUGAUACAGCCUGGAUUCGAGACCAGGUUUGAUUCUAGAGCACCAGAUCUCAUGUCUCACAUGCUGUACUGAGCUAUGUAAUUCCCAAAGGAAAGUAGAAAAUGGAGAGUUUUCAACUAAAGUUUUCAGUUCACUGAAAUGGCCAUGGUUAUGAUGUAUUAUUUUGAGAAUGUUUCAUGUUGAUUUCGGUUGGGUUAGGCUGAAUAUUUUGGAAAUAGUAAGCACUGGAAUGGAAGAGAAGUGAAGGUGAUUCGGACAGUGCCUGUCUUGUUCAUCGUAUGACCGUCACCAAGCAUAGUGCCUAGCCAGCGUGGAGUGGAGACUAGUAACUGUUUCUUAAGGGUUGGAAGUUGGGUGUUUUCGUAUGGUAGGUUAUUUUAUACAUUUCCUCAGUAGGGGCAAAUAGUUUACAUUCACUCUUCAGUCAGUCCUUACGUAAUAACAUUUUAGAGGGUUAGGUAAGUGUGCUUUCGUUUAAGAAAUAUUACGAAAACAUUGCAUCUGAGUUAUGAAAGUAAUUGCAGCAAUAGAGAUAUAUAUACAGUAGAAAAUGAAAGGUAUCCCAUUCCUAUCCUACUUUAAAAAUUUUCCUGUGCAUUUAAAUAUGUAUAAUAUUUAUACGUUUUAGUUAAAAAUAGAAUUUUAUCAUAAUGUUCUUACAGUUUACCUUUUUGGUGGCUAUUUAGAAAAUUCACUUGUUUUUGAAAAUAGAAUUCAUACGGGAAGUGGGAGUGAGGUUUAUACUAAAAUUAAGGUUGUAAACUUAAUGCCGUAGUCUAAUUAUUACCUAUGGGGCAAAAAUUAUUUUAAGUUCUUUUACUUGUACCUCAUACCUUAGACAUUGUUGUUUUCAAAACUUUAUAAAAUGCUGAGUAAAAAAAGACAACAUUGUCAUCUAUCCUGCAUAAGUUAUUUAGGAGACAUCAUUUCAGAAUUAAAUUCUCCUAGUUCUUUCUUGUAGCUACUUGAAGAGAAUAAUUGUGAUUUCAGAUAUAUGUGUAUAUUUUUAAUGGUAGUUCUUAGUUGGCAUUCAUUUAACAUUUACAGAGUAAAGUGGAGUUUUAAAACCAAGAAAAUAGUUAUAAUAUUUUAAUUAAUAGAAACUCAAGCCCCCGCUACCUGCUGCCAUUGAGUCUAUUCCGACUCAUAGGGACUCCGUACGACAGAGUAGAACUGCUCCAUAGAGUUUCCAAGGAGUACCUGACGGAUUCACACUGCCAACACUUUGGUUAGUAGCCGUAGCACUUUAACCACUACGCCACCAGGGCUUCCUGAAACUCAAGCCAGUACUGCUUGACUGGCGUAUAGAUACCCUGCGUAGGAAUUAGUCCUGGAACUCACAUCUUUAUCUUGUCAUGUUGGCUGACUGCACCCACUUCCCCAUACUUACUCCCUCUCUCAACCCAGGAUUUUUUAAGGCGGUAAUAAAGUAUUUUUUAUAGGAGUAAAAAAAAAAAAAAAAUUAUUUGAGUGCUAUCGGUUUUUCUGUUACUAUAUUAAAAAAACAUAUACUCAAGGCUUUAUAAUCCACAUUAAAUAUAAUCUUGACUCUGAUUUUGAGAGUUUUAACUUGUUGCUAAAGUUAUUAGUCAUAAUUCACCUUUGUAAUUUUUUAAAAAAAUUUUUUUAUUACGUAAGUAAUAAAACUUUUUCCAUUAUAGAACUUUUUUUCCAAAAGCAUUUCUAAUCCUAGAGUGUACUCCUAGAUUUUAAGGUGCUAUAUGCUUGUUCAUGAAGUGUCGAAGUUUGGCCUUCAAAUUCUAAGAAUUGGAUCUGAUAGGAUGUAGCAAUUUAAACUAUAGUCAAAGCUUUACCAAACCAGGUUAAGAAUAUUUCUCACUGGUAACAUUUAUAUGUGCUUUUCAUUUUGAGUGGCUCACAGCAUGUCCUAGAGUAUUUUUUUUAUUCCUUAUAAUAGUCUUAAAAGUGUAAAAGGCUUAGUUAAUGUCAUGAAUGGUGAAACUGAGGCAGAGGCAAGAAUUUGUAAGUUAAUGGCAGAGCCUGGUUUUCUUGUCUGUCUUAAUUCUGGCCUCAGUCCUCUGAUCCAUAGUCUCCAAACUUCCCUUUUAAAAAUGAUAGCCACUGGUAAAUGUGUAUUUAUGUAUAAUAUUCUAAACUAGUAUUUUAUGUAAUAAAACAGAGGAAGGUUGAAAUUUAAAAAAGGACGAGAUUGGAAAAUUUAAGGUGUAAUAUUUUCUUCCCAUAGCCCCUCCCGGGGGUGCACGCACCCAUUUGGAGACUAGUGCUCUAGAUAGGCCAUGCUGCCUGCAGAAGUGGCAGCCAUGGGGACACCUGGAGGAUGAUUGGUACAAGGUGUAGGGCUUUAAGUUGAAGCGGUCUUUUGCAGCUUUUUAAUUUUAAAGAUACAGCCUUUCUUUCUGUGAAAGGCUGGAAGAUUGAGGAUAAAGGCCUUGAGAGAGUCGGGCUUAAAAGACAGAAAUAUAAGCUUUAUUUGUUUUCUUCAAGGUUGACCAAAGGGAAAAUGCUGCCUACCCCGGCAGCUCUUAUUCCCAACGAGGUGGCAGCGCCUUUUUCUGUUGUUGUUAGGCAGUUCAUGGAACGCAGGAUAGCUUGGUAAGCGUCUUCUCUGUGCCUGAUGUGACGUAACAGUGUAGAGUAUGCAGCAUGCAUGUUAAGUACAAGUGGUUGUAUUUGGCUUGUUGCUGCAGCAUUUUUGAGGAUGUCUUAAAAAGCAAUUAUCACUAGAUAGAGUUGGAUAUGUACAAAUUCUUGAAAUCAUCAUUUCAUGGAGCCUAAACUUUGUAACUUGAAUUAUUCUAUUUAGUAUUUGUUUACUUCUACCCCCCCCCACCCCCAACACCUCAAAGCAGAAUUCUUUUUCUGAAAGGAACAGAUGCCGUUAACUUAUCAGGAGUUGAUACUAAAAAGCCUACAAAAAUCUUUGUGCCGUUUAUUUUCUUUAUUUAAUCUAUAUGCAAAGCAUGUUGUAAUUAUUGUUGGAGGGUUUUAAGAUGAUGGCUCCUUCCCCCACCGUCUUUGUGCUCAGGGGACAUAGAUUAGGAAUGCCAAAUUGGCAACUUGGUAUAAAGAAAUAAUGACCAGUGAAGUAAAACGGGAGUUCAAAUAAAAAGCAAACCAGAUACAAAUGUAGAAUGAGAAUAUCUUAGUAAAAUGUUAGCAUGCUGUACUUGGAACAGAUGCCACAUUAAUUCAAAAGAGAGCCCAGAAAAUGUGGCAACUUUACGAUGUCAAUGGAGGGAGCUGCAGUAGUUCUGUUCUCAUUGUGUCAAGUUCUCAGUACCUUCAGGGCCAGUCCUGUUCUCCUGGAUACUUAUUUUUUUGUUUAUAUUAUAUGUUAAUAUAUAAAUGUUAAAUCCAUUCCUAAUUUUUCAUUUAUGGAAUUAAAUGUAUUGUCUUACUAAUAGAUAGGUAUCAGGGUAAAAAGCCCACUAACUUGUAAUGCAACAGUAGUGAUUCUUGUUUUAAAUAUGUGUAUCAUGAGAGGCAGAAUCGGAGGCAUAAGUUGACUUUUCUCUGCACCCUUCAAGGUGCAUUUAUGGUACUUAAAGGUAAUCUAAGAUUUGAGUCUGAAAGAGGCCUAGUGCUUUUUGAAUGUACGAUUUGGAGAAGUUACAAAACCAUGAGAAUUUUGCAUUUAUUUUUUUCUCAUUUAAAUUUAUAGUCAUCAUUGGACAUUUGUUAGGAUUUUUAAGUAGGUUAAAUUCAUUCAUCUCUUUUAUGGUGUUUUUUAUGAUGAUUAGAAGAAGAAGGGGUGAUGGAAGGGUACUAUACACACUUGGACAGUUCCAGAGUGACACUCGUUUUACAGAAGAUUGCACCAGGGUCUCUCUGAAUUGCCUGUUUCUUGCAUGGCAUGGUUAGUGUGGACCUGAGUGUGGAGAGAGGUGGGCUGGGGGCUCUUAACCAGAUUUUACUUUUUUUUACUUCCUGAGCGUGAGAUGAUCUAAUCACCAGGAGCAUAUCCUGUGUGCCUGUAAAGAAGCCUGGUAUACAUGCUUAGUAAAGCCCUACUAGUUUUCUCUCAGUUGGCCUAGGCAUGAAGGCUUAUAAUUUAGUAAUUUUGUAGAAGAGGUGAGAACAGUUUUGUUCUCGUGCAUUUAGGUGAAGGGAAGUUUUAGUACGGCAGUAGAGUACACCAGUUGAGUAUCAGUGAACCAACUUGUAUGGGCUCAAAUCCUGACUCUACCAUGUAUUAGUUCUGUGACCAUGGCGAAGUCACAUCACCCUGUGUGCCUCUGUGCCUCAGUUUCCUCAUCUGUAAAAUGUAAAUUAGUGAUAGAAACCAUCUGUGGUUGCUAUGAGGGGUAAAUGAAUUAACGUGUAAACUGCCAGAUGGCGCCUGAUACAAAGGAAAUGCUAAAUAAACAGAGCUCUUAGUAGAGAUUAUUAUUAACAUUAGCUCUCUUCUUUGUUCCUUUCUCAAGGGUUGAAAUAAAUGUUGCAUAGUGGGAAAAGAGCCAGAGCUUUAGGGUCUGACACCUGAUUUGGAAUCUCACUUAGUACAGCCACUUAAAGUUGUAUGAAAUUGAACUAAUUAUUUAUGGCUGCUAACCAAAAGGUUGAGAGUUCGAAUCCACCAGCCGCUCCUUGGAAACCCUGUGGCGCAGUUCUACUGGAAACCUAAUGGAGCAGUUCUACUCUGUCCUGUAGGGUCGCUAUGAGUCGGAAUCCACUCAGCGGCAACGGGUCCUUCAACAAAGAUUUAGUACGUACAUGCUGUAUACCAAGGCCUGUGCUGGUCAGUUGGACUUCACUUUCUUUGUCUCUGAUACAGGGAUAAUACCAACAUCCUAAGGCUGAUGUGAGGAUAAAGUCAGGCACUCUUAAGAUAUUUGAUAAAUGAUAGCUGCUGUUACCGUUAUAUUAUCAUUAUCAUGAUCGCUAAAUUUCCGAUAAACGUUUAUGGGAAAAGAAUGAAUGUGGAACAGUUUAGCUGGAAAGAACAGUUUUCUUUUCCUGAAAUAUCGUGGGGAGGAAGGGUAUGGACAGAAGUGUAUCUAAUGAGUUCUUAUUUGUGAAUACCUUGGGAGAAAUAGAAAAUCAUAGGAAUAUGUCAGUUUUAACAGAGCCUUUUAAAAAUAUUUCAGGGUACUUUAUAUUAAAACCCUUGAUAACGUAAGCUUUUUUUUUUUUUUUUCUUCUCCAACAACUGAUGAAUCCAACAUCAAGAUAUUUAUGCAGGUUACAGUAAGUCAUUUAGCAUCAACUCAUUAGUAGACUAGGCAUCAUAACUCAAAACUGCAAAAUACUAAUCAGCUGGUCAGUCUGUUACAUCUGCUCUAGAGUGUAUGUUUAACUCUUGAGAGUGUAAGAACUAAUGGAAACGAUUGUAAAACACCAGAGGUAUAAAUGUGGCACAGAAAUGCUUUCUGGUAAUGAUGGGCACAGUUGGUUUGCUUUCUGAUUUUGGGCUUUUUGCUUUGGUGAAAUUUCCUCUCCUAGUCUUUUCUUAUGGUAAUUCAUAUUUUCUUUCUAUAUUUAAUCAUCAUACGCUACCUAUAUUGAGCUGAAAAACUGGGCCUGACAACAAAUGGAUUGUGAAAAAAGUCAUUCUAAGUCUCUGCCUUAAGUGAUUUCUUCAGAAUUUUUUAUUUUGGAGUUUUUAUUAUAUCUGUAUCUAGUAUGUAUGUAUCUGUCCGUUUGUCUAUCUGUCUGUCUAAUCUUGUCUAUCUGUGUGAAACCAGUAAACGAGGAAAGGGGAAAGAUCAUUAAGUGUGUCAUAUAAUUAAUUUUAUCCAUUUAUUAUGAAUUUGAAGAUGAAACUCUUCUCAUUUUUGAUCAGUGGAUUUUUAUUUUUUCUGGGACUCAGCAAAUGCGUUUGUAAUAGAUUACCAGACAUCCUGAAUAUGGUAUGUUACCACGAACAGCCAUUUGAGUUAAAGUAGUACAAUAGCUUCCUUUGAUUUCUUGUUCUUAUUUAUACAACUGAACCAUUUGAUAAAGGCCUAGUAGGGGGAUAGAUGUAUUUACUUUGUUUGAUUUUGUCUGUGUCUCUAAAACGAUGUUUCUGCUUUCUGAGCAGAAAUUCCAACAAGUUUGUUUUGAUGAAGUGCUGUACUUUAGCUUAACUGAUAUUUUAAAAAAUCAAGUAAUUUUAUAGCAGGCUGUAUUGUUUACUUUUAGUUAAAAAAAUUGUAAUGUUACUUUACAAUAGGUAGAGUAGCCAGUAGUAAAGCUUUGUAGCUUUUAAAUUAACAUAGCACAUAAAACCAAACCCAUUGCUGUCGUCGACUCUGACUCAUAGCAACCAUAUAGGACAGAGUAGGUCUGCCCCGUAGGGUUUCCAGUGAGCAGCUGGUGGACUUGAACUGCUCACCCUCUGGUUUGCAGCUAUAGCUCUUAACCCCUGUAUAAUGUUAAGCUUUCUUUACUUUAGAACGUAUGCAGGGCCUGUAAAAAUUACUGAAAGUUUAGAAAUGUAUUUCAUUUUAAUAAAUAUCUGGGUUAGGAAGAGACCCUGUUGGGAUCUUUUGAGUUGAUUUAAAGAAUUGUACAAUUUUGAAAAGUCAGUUUAUACCUAGCUAAUUUUUAAAAGGUGGUACCACUUCUGACAGGAGUAAACGCCUGCUAUACAUGUGCACAGGAACCCAUCAAGUUUGUUGGUGCAGCAGUUACUUUACGAGAGGAGGAUAGAGAGCUGAAGGAGAGCAAGUUUCCCCAAAACUGGUUUCUUUACUGCAGGACUUCUCAGAACCUUUAAUAUGCUAAUGUGCAUUGUGAAUCUCCAAGAGGGGGAUAUGAUAUGCAGCAUUCUUGAAUACUUCUAAUGACAGGGAGCCCACUACCUCAUAAGCUGCAGUGAGAAGAGGAGUUUGUUAUUUUAAACAGAGGCUGAAGAAACUAUAGAAUUAACAGACACAAGAGAAAGUGGAGAAGGUAGAGGAUGGAGUUGCAGACUCUACAGGAGGCUCUUAAAGUGGAAAUUCAGGUUCACCAGAAACUGGUUGCUCAAAUGAAGCAGGAUCCACAGAAUGCUGAUUUAAAGAAACAGCUUCAUGAACUCCAAGCCAAAAUCACAGCUUUGAGUGAGAAACAGAAAAGAGUAGUUGAACAGCUACGGAAGAACCUGAUAGUAAAGCAAGAACAACCAGACAAGUUCCAAAUACAGCCAUUGCCCCAAUCUGAAAACAAACUACAAACAGCACAGCAGCAACCACUACAGCAACUGCAGCAACAACAGCAGUACCACCACCACCACACCCAGCAGCCGGCUGCGCCCUCUCCUAACGUGACUGCUGCGCAGAAGACUGUAACUACAGCUUCUAUGAUUACCACAAAGACACUACCUCUCGUCUUGAAAGCAGCAACUGCGACCAUGCCUGCCUCUGUUGUGGGCCAGAGACCUACCAUUGCUAUGGUGACCGCCAUCAACAGUCAGAAGGCUGUGCUCAGCACUGAUGUGCAGAACACACCAGUCAACCUCCAGACGUCUAGUAAGGUCACUGGGCCUGGGGCAGAGGCUGUCCAAAUUGUGGCAAAAAACACAGUCACUCUGCAGGUUCAGGCAACACCUCCUCAGCCCAUCAAAGUACCACAGUUUAUUCCCCCUCCCAGACUCACUCCACGUCCGAACUUUCUUCCACAGGUUCGACCCAAGCCUGUGGCCCAGAAUAACAUUCCUAUUGCCCCAGCACCUCCUCCCAUGCUUGCAGCACCUCAGCUUAUCCAGAGGCCUGUCAUGCUGACCAAGUUCACCCCUACUACCCUCCCCACAUCCCAGAAUUCCAUCCAUCCUGUCCGUGUCGUCAAUGGGCAGACUGCAACAAUAGCCAAAACGUUCCCCAUGGCCCAGCUCACCAGCAUUGUGAUAGCUACUCCAGGGACCAGACUCGCUGGACCUCAAACUGUACAGCUUAGCAAGCCAAGCCUUGAAAAACAGACAAUUAAAUCCCACACAGAAACAGAUGAGAAGCAAACAGAGAGCCGUACCAUCACCCCACCUGCCGCACCCAAACCAAAACGGGAAGAAAACCCUCAGAAACUUGCCUUCAUGGUGUCUCUAGGGUUGGUAACACAUGACCAUCUAGAAGAAAUCCAAAGCAAGAGGCAAGAGCGAAAGAGAAGAACAACAGCAAAUCCUGUAUACAGCGGAGCGGUCUUUGAGCCUGAGCGCAAGAAGAGUGCAGUCACAUACCUGAACAGCACAAUGCAUCCUGGGACCCGGAAGAGAGGUCGUCCUCCAAAAUACAAUGCAGUGCUGGGGUUUGGAGCCCUUACCCCAACAUCCCCCCCAUCCAGUCAUCCUGACUCCCCUGAAAAUGAAAAGACAGAGACCACAUUCACUUUCCCUGCACCUGUCCAGCCUGUGUCCCUGCCCAGCCCCACCUCCACAGACGGUGAUAUCCACGAGGAUUUUUGCAGCGUUUGCAGAAAAAGUGGCCAGUUGCUGAUGUGUGACACGUGUUCCCGUGUGUAUCACCUGGACUGCUUAGACCCUCCUCUGAAAACAAUUCCCAAGGGCAUGUGGAUCUGUCCCAGAUGUCAGGACCAGAUGCUGAAAAAAGAAGAAGCGAUUCCAUGGCCUGGAACUUUAGCAAUUGUUCAUUCCUAUAUUGCCUACAAAGCAGCAAAAGAAGAAGAGAAACAGAAGUUACUUAAAUGGAGUUCAGAUUUAAAACAAGAACGAGAACAACUAGAGCAGAAGGUGAAACAGCUCAGCAAUUCUAUAAGUAAAUGCAUGGAAAUGAAGAACACCAUCCUGGCCCGGCAGAAGGAAAUGCACAGCUCCCUGGAAAAGGUAAAACAGCUGAUCCGCCUCAUCCACGGCAUCGACCUCUCCAGACCUGUAGACUCUGAGGUCACUGUGGGGGCCCUCUCCAAUGGCCCGGACUGCACCCCCCCUGCCAACGCCGCCACCUCCACGCCGGCCCCCUCGCCCUCCUCCCAGAGCUGCACAGCGAACUGUAACCAGGGGGAAGAGACGAAAUAACAGCCCCGCUAGGAGAAGCCACGGGACCCCGGCGGCAGGGAGCAGCAGAAUACUGAAGACUCUAGAGAAGCAAAGCCGGAUUUCUUCUGGAAAGUACAGAAUUCUUUUGGUUCUUUGGUUCCAGAGAGAGAGAAGAUGCUUGUGCCAGGUGGCACCAGAGUUUGCCAAUUGAUCCUUCUUAUUCUGUGUGUACAUGCAAAGAUUGGACCAUGUUACAUGAAAUAGUGCCAGCUGGAGGUUCUUUGCCAGCACCAUGCCAAGUGAAAUAAUAUAUUUACUCUCUCUAUUAUACACCAGUGUGUGCCUGCAGCAGCCUCCACAGCCACGAUGGGUUUGUUUUUGUUUUGUUGGGUGGGGAGCAGGGACGGGCGGAGGGAGGAGAGCAGGUUUCAGAUCCUUAUUUGCCGAGCCGUUUGUUUAGGUGAGAAGACAAGUCCAAAGAGUGUGUGGGCUUUCCUGUUUCUAAACGUUCACUACUAUAAAACCAAAAAAAAAGGAAAUUGAGAUUGAACCAAUUCCAGUGCCCAGAAGAGGUAUGGGGAGGGGACGGGAGGGGGCAAAGGAUGGGGAAAGUAUAUCAGAAGCAGUAUUUAAUAUUGUCUGGGGUGGGGUGGGGUGUAGUGCAAAGGAGAGAUGUACCCCAAGAAUAGCCACAAGGUCUUCUCCCAGAGCACGCCGCUCCCCGCCACGGGUGCCCCCCACUCCCGAAGCCUUGCGCUCGCACGCCCCUUCCCUCCUUGGUGGAGUGGCGCGCAUCCCUGUGGAUCACCUGGUCACCUUCCCUCUCUGAGAACAAGUAGAGAGGGGGCUGCCGCUGCCCUCACUCGAGGUGGGGAAGAAGGGUGUGUGUGUCGAGGAAGGAAGAAAGGUGGAUCAGUGAUUUUACUUGAAAACAAGCUCCAUCCCUUUUCUAUAUUUAUAAGAAGAGAAGAUCCUGAGGGAAGCAGCACGCGACCCAGGUGUGUGUGAAUUGAAUGGAGACGUUUUGGUUUUUUUUCCCCCCUCUUAAUUUUUGUUUUUGUUCUUUUUUUCUUUAAACAAAGUUUUAUUUUGUUGUUUAUUUUACUUUUUUGGUAACAAAAACUAAACUAAGGAAUAGAAAAGCUGUUUUUCAGGCUGACAGUCCAGUUAAGGGUAGUUGAGACCUUGCAUGGUAGAAUAGGAAUCCUAGUGUCAGUGAGGUCCAGUGAGUCUUUGUGAGUCCUUGUGUCAUCGUUUGGGGCACUGUUUUUUUUUAUGCAAGGGCAAAAAUCUUUGUAUCUGGGGAAAAAAACAACAACAACAACUUUUUUUUAAAUUAAAAAGGAAAAUAAAAGAUACUGAGGUCUUCCUAGUGUUACUUAAAUUAAGAUCAAGGUAAGAAACAUUGUAAAAAAAAAAAAAUUACAAAAGUGCUAUUUGUUUCCUAAAAACAGUGAUUUCUAUUAAAAAGGUGUCAGAACUGGAGAAAA